AUGGGUGACAAAAAUUUCACUGAAGUGAAGGAGUUCAUCCUCUUGGGAUUCACAACAGAGAUGGGGUUGCAACAGGGCCUCUUCUUCAUCUUCCUACUUAUUUAUGUCGUCAGUCUCCUAGGAAACAUCACCCUCAUUUCUCUCAUCUGUGCCGACUCUAAGCUCCACACACCCAUGUAUUUCUUCAUUGGAAACCUGUCAUUCCUUGAUCUUUGGUAUUCUUCUGUCUAUGCUCCCAAAAUCCUGAUCACCUGCAUCUCUAAUGACAAGAGCAUCUCCUUUUCUGGCUGCCUGGCUCAGUUUUUCUUCUCUGCUGGAUUGGCCUAUAGUGAGUGUUACUUGCUUGCUGCCAUGGCUUACGACCGCUAUGUGGCCAUCUCCAACCCUUUAUUAUACUCGCAGGCUAUGUCCCCGAGGUUAUGUGUCAGUCUUGUUGCAAUUUCAUACAUUGGUGGCUUUGUAAACUCAACUAUUAUCACAAGUGAGACAUUUACUCUGAGCUUCUGUGGUGACAAUAUCAUUGAUGACUUCUUCUGUGACCUGCCUCCUCUUGUGAAGUUAGCAUGUGAUGUGAAGGAGACCUAUCAGGCUGUGCUAUAUUUUAUACUUGCUUCCAAUGUCAUCACUCCCACUGCCCUUAUUCUUGCUUCCUAUCUGUUCAUUAUCAUUGCCAUCUUGAAGAUUCACUCAACCCAAGGCCGCCUCAAGGCCUUCUCAACAUGUGGUUCUCAUCUGACAGCUGUCACCUUGUACUAUGGUUCCAUUCUUUUCAUUUACUCCAGACCAAGCAGUAGUUAUGCCCUGGAACGGGACAAAGUGGUGUCAGUAUUCUAUACUGUGGUGAUUCCAAUGCUCAACCCUUUGAUCUAUAGUGUAAGAAACAAAGAUGUCAAAGAUGCUUUUAAAAAAAUGUUAGACAUUAUGGAACUCAGUGUGGAGGUUUCAUAA